GUAUGAAGUGAGCAUGUUUACAAUGAAACGGAGAAUUUAUAUUCUGGAAAAGAAAUCAAGAGUUCAAAUCUUAAAAUCUAUUGGUAACUCAGUUAGAUGCCUCCUGAGUUCUAAAACCAAAAGUAAAUGGGCUGAUAUCAUAGAUUAUUAAAAAAACACCCAUUUCCAUUUCCAAUGAAAUGUCAUUAACAGCUUAUCAGGCUGUCAAAUCACAAGCAUUGAGAUCUGGAGUUAUGGAAAUGGGCAAUGGGUUCUGGGCUGUUGCAGGGCUUGUUUUCAUGUGUUGCAUUGCAGGUGGAGCAGAGGCCUAUCAAAAUCUCACAGUUGGCGGCGCCGCCGGUUGGUCAUAUGAUGAUCAGACUAACUCAACAGCAGCUGAUUACAGCAAGUGGGCAAAAAACCAGAGUUUUAGCCUCGGCGACUACUUGAUCUUCAACACCAACUUCAACCAUAGUGUUGUACAGACAUACAACGCAUCGACUUAUGUUAGCUGUGAUUAUUACGACUCUGAGGAUGACGAUACUCAAAUGGUUUUGGGAAUGGAUCCCAGCAAGCCGAACACCAAUGUCACGGUUUCUGUUCCUUUGACUAUACCGGGGAUGAACUAUUUUUUCUCCGGUGAGCAAAAUGGGAUUGAGUGUAUGGCAGGGUUGAGAUUUGAGGCAAAUGUGAGUGUUGGGGAGGGGCUUCCACCCAGUUUGAGGCAUCCUCCACCACCGCCAUUUUCUGACAUACCUGCGCCUGCAAUUGGUCCUGUCUCACCUCCACCUCCACCUCCACCUCCAGACAAGAGUAGUGGGUCUCAAAUAGUUAUAAAAGCUGCUACCUUGUCUGCAUUUGGGCUGUUGUUGUCCAUUGUAUUUGGGUUUAUUUAGUUUUGGUUCUAGUUUUUGGAUUUGUUGAUGGGUGUUGAAGAGGGAUUUCAUUCAGCCCAAAUUGAAAGCUGUUUUUUUAAGUUACUUUUGUUCAGGAGGGCUUUUCUUGGCCUCUAUGUGUGGUCAAUCAUCAUUCAAUGGAGUUUCUUUUGAGUUUCACUGUGUUCAAAAGAAAUGUCUUCUUUGAGGUUACAUUGCAAUUGAAAGAAAUAAAUUCUUCUGUUGUCUUA